UCUAGUCCCAACAGACUUAACUAGCAGAAGGGGAAGCGAAGAUCCGGGGGCUGGCUGCCAGAGAAGCACUGCUGAGUGUAAACACUCCAAAGCAUCUCAGAAUGCCCUUAUCAUAGGCAGCCCGAAAGCAGUUGUGCUCUGGGGCUCUGCAGCCAGGAGCAAUCCUGCAAGCAAAGAGUGUUUACUGUUGAUUAUUAGGACAAAGGAAACUACAGCCAAGCUGACCAGAAAGACUGGAAUUUCAUCUCUCUCACUCUGUCUUCCCCUCUGUCGCCCACUCGUUGGGUUUCUUUCUCUGCCAGCUUUUAAAACCAGAGAUUACUGGGUCAGUGACACUCAUUCCUUUCAUACAGCAUGAUCUUGUGCUCAGCCUCCUGAAGUAAUGCUGCUACCUGAUUUACAGACAUUAAAAGUGGUGUGAGAGAACAUUCGACAUUUUCUCAGGCUUGACCAAUGAAUUUUAUAAAAACUUGAGGAUAUUUUGAAAGGCAUCUGUUCAAACUGCAGUUAAAAGGUGCAUCCUAAUAGGAAACGUGGUACGUUUUUACCUGUGACUGAUGUUUUGGUCCUCCAUUAUACGGUGAGCGUUUGCUGGAGAGGGAGGAGAAGACUCCUUUUGUCAAGAACUUUUCCUCUAGCAGAAAAGAGCUGGCGUAGCCUCACAAUAUGAAGCCCUUUGAGAAAACCUGGUUGUUGCUAUUGCUGUCUGUUCUCCUAAGAGCUGUCUGCUCGUCUUUUAUAAGUGUCAACCUUGGCAUUAAAGUGAUGAAAGGACAGUCUGUUUUCCUGUCAGAAGAUGACCUCAAGUUUUCCAUCCCCAGAGAGAAGGAUGUGUGCAAAGUCGAAGUUGUGAGAAACGAGCCAAUAACGCAAAGGGUUGGGAAGCUAACCCCACAGGUUUUUGACUGUCACUUUCACCUUAAUGAAGUCAAGUAUACCCACAACGGUUGUCCGAUUUUAGACGCAGACACAGUCAUGCUUAGGCUGUACAGGUUUACAGAAAAUGAAACAUUUGUAGAAACAUUCACCCUCCACGUACAGUUACUUGAGCCAGACUGUAACAUCAUCAAAAUGCGCUCCCGAGCUUUGGAGGUGCCUGAAUACUAUGGUCUGUCCAGGGCAAUUGACAAGAACAUCCUCACUUUUGACUACAACAGGAAGAUGAAUUUGGAAUGCACCAUUUCCAUAGCUUCUUCAGAAACCCACCUCCCUGCUCAUGGCCAGCUCAUGCUGGAGGGCAUGCAGCAGGAACAGCUUCGAGGGGAUCAACCACAGAGCUUCCUCCUUGGCCCUAAGCACAGCCCAGGCCAGCAGUGCAGAAAUGGGAGCUGUGUGUUGGGACUGAGAGUCAUCCAUAACACAAAAAUGAGCUGUGAAGAGUUUCUGAGGAAGGGCAUUCGGUAUCAGCACCUUGACCCUCGCUCACCAGAUAUUGAUUAUAUUCCAGUGAGGCUGGAUCUCACAGAUAGCAGAAGCAAAACUCUGCACAAGACUGAGUAUGCGUGGCUCCCUGUUCAGAUUAAAAGUGCUACGCCCAAUCAAAUACCCAAAGCUGUUCCAAUGACAAAGUUCAUCUUGGAAGUAGACCAAUUUAUUUUAACUCCCAUUACAACCACAACGGUUGAUGCUGAAGAUAAGGAAACUCCAAAGUCCCUGCUGGUGUUCAACAUUACAAAGCCACCUCUGCAAGGCUUCAUUACUCACCUAUCAGACCACACAAAGCCUGUUGGUUCCUUCACAUGGAAAGAUCUCAGUGAAACACUUAUUGCUUAUCAGCCUCCAAACAACAGCCACACAGAGAAGAGGAAUUAUGAGCUGGAGGUUGAGGUUCACGACUUCUACUUUGAGAGGAGUUUACCAAUCAUAGUGCAACUUUCUAUUAGAACAGCAGAUACAAAUGCUCCUCGGGUUUCAUGGAAUACAGGCCUCAGCCUCCUGGAAGGGCAAUCCCGGCCGAUCACAUGGCAGCACCUGCAAGUGGUAGACAAUGAUGAUAUCCAAAAUGUUCGCCUGGUCACAGUUGAUGGCUUACAGCAUGGGCGGCUCACGGUGAGAGGAGGAAAAGGAUUCAUGUUUACAGUUUCUGAUAUUCAGACUGGAGCUGUUUACUACCAUCACGAUGACAGUGAUUCCACAAAGGAUUUUGUGGUGUUCAGGAUUUUUGAUGGCCUGCAUAGUAUUCGCCAUAAGUUUCCAAUCAAUAUCCUCCCUAAAGAUGACAGCCCUCCAUUUCUUAUCAGCAAUGUGGCAAUUGAAGCACAGGAGGGACAGACGAUCCUGAUCCAGGGCUCCAUGCUUCAAGCUUCUGACAUGGAUUCCAGUGAUGACUACAUAGUAUUCAAUAUUACCAAGCCACCACAGGCUGGAGAAAUCAUGAAGAAACCAGGGCCAAACUUAAUAGGGUAUCCUGUCAGCAGUUUUCUUCAGAAGGAUCUGUUUAAUGGAAUUAUUUACUAUCAUCAUUUGGGAGGAGAAGUAUUUGAAGAUUCUAUUGAGUUUGUGCUGUGUGAUAGCCAUGACCCUCCCAAUCUCUCAGAGCCACAGGUGAUGAUGGUGCACAUUAUACCUGUGGAUGACCAGCUACCCAGAGAAGCCCCAGGAGUGACCCGCCACCUGGUUGUUAAGGAGACUGAGAUUGCUUACCUAACUAAGAAACAUCUCCACUUUAUAGAUGUGGAAGAGCAUGACAGGGAGCUCACGUACACCAUAACCUCUUCCCCAUUUUUCUCUUGUGUACAUGGCCACUCCGAUGCUGGGAAGCUAUUUAUGGUGGACACCAUCCCCAAACUGGUCAAGGAUCCUGCUGCUCUUGCUCUGAGGUCAUUUACUCAGCACGCUGUGAACUAUAUGAAGGUUGCUUACAUGCCCCCACUGCAGGAUAUUGGGCCCAAUCCUCAACAAGUCCAGUUUGUAUUUUCUGUCAGCAAUCAGCAUGGUGGCACUUUGUAUGGAAUCUGCUUCAAUAUUACUAUUCUUCCUGUGGACAACCAAGCCCCAGAGGUUUUUACAAGCCACUUGAGGGUGGAAGAGGGUGGCCUGAGCCCUGUCACAGAGGGACACAUUCUCAUCUCUGACGUGGACACAAAACAGGAACAUCUCCUCCUCCUUCUGCAGCGACAGCCUCAGCAUGGGGCAGUGGAGCUGGAUGGUGUUCCCAUGAGGGAGGGUGACAAGCUUUCCUGCGGGGACCUGCAUACCCUGGCAGUCAGUUAUCGGCAUGAUGGUUCUGAGACUCUUACAGACGAAGUCCUUUUUGCAGCCACAGAUGGCAUCCACUUCUUAGAGUUCACCCUGCAGGUCAAGGUGUUGCCCGUGAAUGAUGAGCCACCUGUUAUGCAAACAGGGCUUAUCAAUGUGGUGCGUUGCCCGGAGGGUGAAGAAGUGGUCCUCUCCUCAGAGUACAUAUAUGCCACAGAUGCAGACAGUGAUGACAUGAAGCUGGUGUUCGUGCUGGUUCGCCAGCCCUCCCAGGGUGUGCUGAGAAAAGCUGGAAUUGUUGUGGAGCGUUUCUCCCAGGCUGAUGUCAUCUCUGGCUUGGUCACCUAUAAGCACACUGGUGGGGAGAUUGGCUUGAAUCUUUCCUUUGAGAUCUUAACUUUUGUUGUUUCUGAUGAUGAAGCCGGCCCAGAUGUGAAAGACUGCUGUUAUGACAGACCUCUUCCUCCUCCAGUUCCUCUUCACCGUCCACUCCCAGUGUAUAACCUUAACGUCACUGUACUUCCAGUGGACAACCAACCUCCAUCUAUUGCAACUGGUGCAAGGUUUGUUGUGGAGGAGGGCUCCUCAACAGCCCUUACCUCUAACCAUUUGUUUGCCACCGACCCUGACACCACUGCAGAUGACUUAGAGUUUGUCUUGGUUUCUCCUCCUCAGUUUGGUUAUAUUGAAAAUAUACUGCCUUCUCCUGGGUUUGAAAAGAGUAACAUUGGUAUAAGUAUAGCUUCGUUUCAGUUGAAGCACCUGAAAGCCCUGAGUAUAAACUAUGUACAAGCCAGGCACAUGCGAGUGGAGCCAAGAGCAGACCACUUUGUACUUUAUGCCACCGAUGGCCUGCGUCGUUCAGCAGAGAUUCCAUUUUUUGUGCUGAUCAACCCAACCAAUGAUGAAGUCCCAGAAUUCAUAGCAAGAAACAUUACUGUUCAAGAAGGUAUGGUGAAAGAGCUGGAUCUCUCUGUUAUCAAUGCUGUUGAUCUGGAUGUGCCUCAAGACCAUUUGGUAUUUGAUGUUGUGCAGCAGCCUUCACAUGGAUUCCUCAUUAAUGGAGUUCAUGGCAAUGAUAUUCUACAGUACAAAGAGUUAAUUCACCACCACAGCAGUGGGUUGCUUGUUCAUGACUUUUCUAUGGAGCUACUGAAGAAUGGUAUGAAACUGAUGUACAUGCAUGACGAUUCAGAAAACCUCAAUGACAGCUUUAAAAUCCAGCUAUCAGAUGGGAAACAUAAAGUCCUCAGAACCAUUUCAGUAAAGGUCAUCCCAGUUAAUGAUGAGAAACCAGUGCUGAGCAAGAAGGAUAAUAUAGAGGUGCGUAUGGGUGAAACUCGAAUUAUUUCUAGUGCUGUUCUGUCAGCUGAAGAUAAAGAUACUCCUAGAGAGAGAAUUUUCUACUUAUUUGAAAGACUUCCAGAAAAUGGCCAGCUUCAAAUCAAGGUAGGCAAAGACUGGGUGACUCUCCAAACCGGAAUGAAGUGCACUCAGGAAGAACUGGAUAUGAACCUUGUCAGAUACGUCCACACAGGAGCUAUAGGGUCCAAGAACCAAGACUUGUUCACAUUUUAUCUGUGGGAUGGGUACAACAGAUCCCCAGCUGUAGACUUCUACAUAAAUAUCAAGAACAUGGAAAAGGGAGACAUUGCUGUUUUCAUAAAGCCUCUCAAAGUACCAAAAGGGGAUCGAGGCUACAUUACGACUGAUGUCCUCCUUUCACUGGAUGGUACUGACAAGCCUGAAGAGCUUCUCUAUGUGAUAACUUCCCCUCCUCAAUAUGGACAAAUAGAGUAUGUUAGCUAUCCUGACAUCCCCAUAACGAGCUUCAGUCAAAUGGAUGUUGCAAGUCAGAUAGUCUGCUAUGUUCACAGCACCAAGGCACAUUCAAGGCAAGAUGCAUUCAGAUUCAUCAUCAGCAAUGGACUGAGGACUAAGCAUGGAACAUUCACGAUCUCCCUGGAGGCAGUUGACCAAACUUUGCCUACACUAUCUAGGAACAUGGGGUUAAGAUUAACGGAAGGCAAUAUGGUACUCCUUUCUCCUGAUGUCCUGCAGCUUACAGACUCUGACACUGCCAAAGAAAACCUUACCUUCCUCUUGGCUCAGCUCCCCCAGUAUGGUCAUCUCUAUUACCGAGGGGCUGUACUACUACAGUACAAUUUCACCCAAUGUGAUGUGGACAAUAUGGAUAUUGCAUACAAGCACCGAGGUGGGGAUUCACAGAUUGACAGAUUUACAUUUGUUGCAACAGAUAGGACUAACCAAGGCUUCAUCGUGAAUGGGAGGGUGCAGAUUGAGCCAGUGGCAUUCAUCAUUCAGGUAGAUCAUUUGGACAAAAUGGCACCAAGAAUCAUUCAUCUCCGUUGCUUAUCUGAUGUGGAAAUGCUGAAGAAUGGCAAUUAUGGGAUCUACAUUACUUCCAGGUCCCUGAAGGCAACUGACUCCAAUACAGAGGAUGACAAAAUAUUUUUUAAGAUCUUACGAGGUCCUCGUUAUGGUUACCUGGAAAAUAUAACAACAGGUGGACUUAUCCAUGAAGGCUUUAGCCAAAAGGAUUUAAAUAGCAAAAUUAUAUUUUAUGUCAUCAAUCCACUGUGGGAAGUGCAUUCAGACAACUUGGAGUUUCAAGUCACAGAUACCAAUGGAAAUUCAGCAAUUCCCCAAAUGCUGGAACUACGGUGGUCUCGCAUUGAAAUGCAGCAGACUGAAUAUGAAGUGUGUGAGAACAUGGGGAUGGUGUCUCUGAAAAUCACGAGGGCAGGGCACUCUACUGACUCUGCCUUUAUCGUGGUGAAGGUCAAUGAAAUAUCUGCUGUGCUGGGAAAGGACUUUACAGCGACUCCCUCCAAACUUAUUCAGUUUGAUCCAGGAAUGUCAACCAAGAUGUGGAAUAUAGCAAUUACUUAUGACAGAUUAGAGGAAGAUGAUGAAGUCUUUGAAGUAGUUCUGAACUCCUCUGUGAAUGCUGUUCUUGGCACCAAGACAAAAGCUGUAGUGAAAAUUUUGGACUCAAAAGGAGGUCAAUGCAGUUCUUUACAUUCUUCCAGCCAAAGCAAACAAGACUUCUGGAGGAGAAGCACGCUGUUUGCAGUUUCCUCAGGCUCCUCAUCACCUCCCAGGCCUGGCAGCGUUAACUUGGAAGGGAUCCCACCACCUCCUUCCAAAAGGAUGAGAGAACACAGAGGUGACAUACUGCAGGAGCCCAGCUUGGCAAAUCGGUCAAGGGCCAGGCUGAGAGUGACUGGAAAUGGCAGAAUAGUUCAUCCUUCAUCUGUAUUUAGAAAUGGAACAGAUGUGGUUUACAAAUACCAUGGGAUGGUAUCACUCAAAACAGAGGAUGACAUCUCAUCAGCUAAAGCAAACAAGAAGGCUGAAGUGUCAGUAAUUAACCAAGCACAAUCACAGAUAAAUGCCAUUUCCACUAGGAAGACAGAAAUCCCACAAGCUGAUAAGGCAGAACUGGCAUCUGAACCAAGCUCAAGACGUCGGGGCAUUCACUCUUUUUCAAGGGCCUGUACACCAGAUUUGAAGGGGCUCAUGCAUUAUGAAGGAAGCAUUCAAAAGUUAUUUCAGUGUGAUGGGAUAGAAUGGAAAUUUUGGAGUUCCCAAAGCAAGGAGGCAGACAUGAAAAAAUGUCCCUCCGGAUGGCGUCAUCAUGAUGGCAGCUGCUAUUUCCUGGUAGUGAAUCAAAAGGUCACCUGGGAUACUGCUGCUCAGGUCUGCAGAGAACAAUACCUGGGGAGCCUCACAAGUGUGGCUAAUGAACGACACAUGCAGUGGUUGUGGGACUUCAGUGGGAGGAAGCCCUUUUGGAUAGGCCUGAAUGACCAAGUCAAUCCUGGACACUGGGAGUGGAAUGGAGGAGAACCUGUUACCUACAUAAACUGGAGAAGAGGCUCCAAUCACUUUCCAAAGAGAGGCAACAACUGUGUAGUGGUGCAGAAAAGAGGAAAAUGGCAAGCAACUGACUGCAGGAAGGCCAGACGGAACAGCUACAUAUGUUCAAGAAAGCUGUAAAAAAUUGGGAUCCCUGUGAAAGCAUGUGGACAUUCCUUUUGUUUCCGUCUAUCUGCAGACAAGUGAUAUGCAGAUAGAAAACUAUCUUAAUUAUCACCAAAGAUUAUUUUACAUGCUGCCAGAGAUCCAGAUGCUUUGGUCUCUUACCAAGAAAUAGAGGUCAGUAGUAAACAGCAAGUUUACUUUACUUUACUGGUCAAGGCUUUGAUCUCUUUCCAAAUACAUCUAUCUGUCACUUGAUUCAUUCACAUUUUCACACUAAAGAACUAGGCCUGACAGCCUACAUAGAAUUUCUGUGUAAACAUACUUACUAAAAAAAAAAAAGAAAAGUAAUCAUCAUCAUUUUGUUUCAGUCUUAAAGACUGAAUGUGGAUUGGCUUUAAUUUAAAUAUUUUAAUUAAAUUGCAAUGAAAACUGCAGUUUUGUCCUGCAGUCACAGAGAAAGAAAGACAACUUGGGACCAACACGAGAGCAGACUCUGCUGAGUGGCUAUAAACAAGUUCUCUUGGGUGAGGAUGGGAGAGACACUAUCAGAAUACUGGUGCUUAUUCUGUGGAUGCCCGACUACAGUGUUUUACAAAAAGAGUAACCGCAGAAGGGUUUACUGAUUGCAUACCAUACAAGCAAAGCUUUUUUGUUACUUUUUUGGCCUUCCAAGAACAGUUUCAGAUCCAAAUUAAUCUUCUCACACACAGUUGCAUGUUGUUUGACAUUCUGACUAAAAUCAUGCAAUGCUUUUUGGAGUUCCAGGAUGGUGGUAUCAUUUGUGCAGUGUAAUUAAAUAAUGUGGGCUCUCUAGAUCUAAUGCUAUCUCAAAGGAUAAUUCACAUGCACACAAAAUUAAUACAGAAGCUUAAUCCCAGAAUAAUAUCAUGGGAUAUUCAGUGAUACAUGAACAUCAAUAGGAUUAGUAUGUGUGUACACAGUGUAACUGUGAUAGGCACAUUAUAUUAAAGCAGCUAUGGAUUUUCAAAAGUAUUAAUCUAAGUCCUUAUUAGGGAUUUGAGGUUUUUAAAAAUAAUAAUAAAAAAUCCAGAUUUAUUUCUGAGAAAGGCUUAAAAAUCAGCAUUUAACAGGGAAAAAAAAAAGCCAACCAGCUGCCUGUAACUUCCCAUUUGGUAACACUUCGACCUGUCAAAAGACUUGUUUUAGGACCUUCUUACUGCCAGCCUCAGAGUUAAAACAGAAACAAGUCCUAAGCUUCCUAAAAAAAACCAAACAAACCAACUUCUCCCGAACAUUCUCUCUGCCCAGAAGGAGAGAGUGACAGGUGGUGUGGUACAGCAUAUGGAGAAUUUGCCCUGUUCUAUAUGAAAUCUCAGCCCUCCUGUCUGCCUGCCUGCUGCCAGCAAUGGAUUCUGUCCAUGCCCUCUGUAAGUUCAUUGAUUUGUCCAGCCUCUGAACCAAUUGCAUUUCUGCACCAUUUCCAACUCUGCUCUUUCUAAGGUUCCACAAAGUCUGGUGGGGGAACAGAUGAAGCAGAAUCAUCUCUCUAAGCUGAAGGAUACCAUUCAGGGUUGUAUUUAUCCCUCCUUCUUGUCUAUGGUAUGUUACAGUAGGCAUGUCAGUAGCUGGACAACCCUUCCAUUUAGUGAGGACCUUUGUGAAGUUGCUAUGGUAAAUAAGCACAAGUGCAUCACAAGUUUAGAUGUAAAACACUGUGGACAGAACCUUAUCACCAUUAAUGCUAAUAUCAACAGAUACAACCUAACAUAUUUCCAGGACUUUUUUGUUGCUGUUGUUGUUAUCUUUUUGCCAAACUUCCAGACACUUCUGCCAGUAAGAGUCCAGUAAAGCACAUGUGGGAUCUCUGACUGCAUUCUGGAAUCACUGAGAAAAACUACUAAGAGAGUGUGUUAAGAUAACCAGAAACUUUUAUUUCUUUGGGAUUUCCUGCUGUGUUUAUUGGUGCUAUCUUUGUGAAAAUUAUGAGCACUGUUUAAAUACCUCUCCUAAUUAUUUAAUGAAUGACUAUAACAGAGAGGGAAUUUUGGCCACAGAGUUCUUGUUAUUUGACCAAUAAGUAAUAAAUGGCUAAUGCCUAGACUGAGAAAUCAAAGAUCUCAGGUUUUUGAAGAGGGGAUAGUUCUUCUGUAUUAUACCUUUCUUAAAGUACCUUCAAGUGUUUGAAGAAUAUGAAACCUUCACUAUGAAACAGAUCGUUACUUCUGCAAAAUGUAUGUGUUUACUUUUUUCAUUAAAUCUACAGCAAUGUAUUCAUUAAUAAAGCUAAAACUUUUAUAUGAUACCACAAGGACAUUUCUAACCUGAAAUGCUGCAGAAUUAUUUUUCAGUACAACAAACUCUUCUGAGCAUGCACUCAUAAAUUUUAAUUUGUCUAUCUUUAAAAAUGAAAUGUUUUUUGAGCAAUUUUUGUAUCUUUUAUUAGAAUGCCUGAGUUUGAAGAAAACAACAAACUCAGAACAGGGAAAGCAUGAAUAAGUCACUUUUUUUUUUCCUGUUGCAUUAGGAAGGUGAUGUCUCUAUGAGAAAGAGAAUAAAAUCCUAAAAAGUUACUGGGAACAUUUUUAGUCUUCAAUACUGUUCAAAUUGGACUUUGAGUAAACUCAGGGGGGAAAGGAGCAUUCAGGGGAUCAACAUAAGCAGGGUAAUUUUGAGAGGGUGCAAGUCAUGUAAAUUCUGGUGUUCACCUAUGGAUGUUCUGGAUAAACAUGAGAACUGCUUCAUUGGAAUUAUCCAUAUGUCUUUCAAAAGCAACAGAAUUCAGAAUUAAGAGGCAACAGCUUAGUCUUUAGGCCGGCUUUUUACAAAGUGAAUGAUGAUGUAAUGUGAGCUUCUUAUUUGUCUGCUUCUUUUAACCACCUCCUCUCUCUGUUAAACAUCUUAUCUAUUGACCAACUUCAAACAAGUUUGACAGAGAAGAUAACUCAAAGAUGACAGCUGUGUAAAACAUUUCUAGGCAACUGGCCCCUGAAGCAUUUUCCAAAUCAAUGUUUUCUGAUCUGAAUUCUUGUGCUUUUACACUACUGAGAUCUUGCAGUCGGUGGAGACCUUCUGAAGUAAUCCUGCAACUGGAGUAAAGACCUUUCUUCGUCCCCCACAUUCAGCCAAACACAGGGAGACCAAGAUUCAUUAACUUAGGAACAAGCUGUUUUGAGUGUGUUAUUACCAACUUCAUAGAGAUAAAGCUUUAAUUUGGAAAAAAAUCUGUGAAGCUUUUCAGAUCUCUUUUGUGCCACUUAAACCUAAUGAAUGCAUUCAAGUCUUCACUCAUUCUAAAAUUAUAAAAAUAGAUUAACUAAG